CGCGCAGUGCGGCUGCGCGGGCGUCUCAGGCUCCGAGGCCCCGGUGCCGCGGAUCUUUUGUUUCCCCCGCGGGGCUGUGAACCCGUGGUCUGUCAGACACAAGUCGAAGCCGGAGUGUGUCUGAGGCGAGGCCCGAGUCGGAGUGGGUCCUUGCUGUCAGCGUCGGGAGGUUGCGGCGGGGGUCGCCGAGGGGGGCAAGUUCGAGUUCUCGCGCAAGGACCUGAUUGGACACGGCGCCUUCGCGGUGGUCUUCAAGGGUCGCCACCGCGAGAAGCACGACUUGGAGGUGGCCGUCAAAUGCAUUAACAAGAAGAACCUCGCCAAGUCCCAGACACUGCUGGGAAAGGAAAUCAAAAUCCUGAAGGAACUAAAGCACGAAAACAUUGUGGCGUUGUAUGACUUCCAGGAAAUGGCCAAUUCUGUCUACCUGGUCAUGGAGUAUUGUAAUGGUGGAGACCUGGCUGACUAUCUGCACACCAUGCGCACACUGAGUGAAGACACUGUCAGGCUGUUCCUACAGCAGAUUGCUGGUGCCAUGCAGCUGUUACACAGCAAGGGCAUCAUCCACCGCGAUUUGAAGCCCCAGAACAUUCUGCUGUCCAAUCCUGGGGGUCGCCGUGCCAACCCUAGUAAUAUCCGAGUCAAGAUUGCUGACUUUGGAUUUGCCCGAUACCUCCAGAGCAACAUGAUGGCAGCCACACUCUGCGGUUCUCCUAUGUACAUGGCCCCUGAGGUCAUCAUGUCCCAGCACUACGAUGGUAAGGCUGACCUAUGGAGCAUUGGCACCAUUGUCUACCAGUGUUUGACAGGGAAGGCCCCUUUUCAGGCCAGCAGCCCUCAGGACCUGCGCCUGUUUUAUGAGAAAAACAAGACACUAGUUCCUGCCAUCCCACGGGAGACAUCAGCUCCUCUGAGGCAGCUGCUCCUGGCUCUGUUGCAGCGCAACCACAAGGACCGCAUGGACUUUGAUGAAUUUUUCCACCACCCUUUUUUAGAUGCCAGCACCACCAUCAAGAAGUCCCCACCUGUGCCUGUGCCCUCGUAUCCAAGCUCAGGGUCUGGCAGCAGCUCUAGCAGCAGCUCUGCAUCACACCUAGCCUCCCCGCCGUCCCUGGGGGAGAUGCCGCAGCUGCAGAAGACCCUUACCUCCCCUGCCGAUGCUGCUGGCUUUCUGCAGGGCUCCCGGGACUCUGGUGGCAGCAGCAAAGACUCCUGCGACACAGAUGACUUUGUCAUGGUCCCAGCCCAGUUUCCAGGUGAUCUAGUAGCUGAGGCAGCCAGUCCCAAGCCCCCUCCUGAUAGCCUGCUGUGUAGUGGGAGCUCGCUGGUGGCCUCUGCUGGCCUAGAGAGCCAUGGACGCACCCCAUCUCCCUCUCCAACCUGCAGCAGUUCUCCCAGCCCCUCUGGCCGGCCUGGCCCCUUCUCCAGCAACAGGUAUGGUGCCUCGGUCCCCAUUCCUGUCCCCACUCAGGUGCACAACUACCAGCGCAUCGAGCAGAAUUUGCAAUCGCCCACUCAGCACCAGACAGCCCGAUCCUCUGCCAUCCGAAGGUCAGGUAGCACUAGCCCUUUGGGCUUUGCGCGGGCCAGCCCAUCACCCCCCUCCCACACUGAUGGAGCCAUGCUAGCCAGGAAGCUGUCAUUAGGAGGUGGCCGUCCUUACACGCCCUCUCCCCAGGUGGGGACCAUCCCUGAGCGGCCUGGCUGGAACAGAGUGCCCUCCCCACAAGGAACUGAUAUGCGAGCUGGCAGGUCACCACGACCAGGCUCCUCUGUGCCUGAGCACUCUCCACGGACCACUGGGCUGGGUUGCCGUCUGCACAGCGCCCCCAACCUGUCCGACUUCCAUGUUGUGCGUCCCAAGCUGCCCAAGCCCCCAACAGACCCACUGGGAGCCACCUUCAGCCCACCCCAGGCCAGUGCACCCCAGCCAUGCCCAGGGCUACAGUCUUGCCGGCCACUGCGUGGUUCACCUAAGCUGCCUGACUUCCUACAGCGGAGUCCCCUGCCCCCCAUUCUAGGCUCUCCCACCAAGGCUGGGCCUUCAUUUGACUUCCCUAAAGUUCCCAGCUCUCAGAAUUUGCUGACCCUAUUGGCUCGGCAGGGUGUAGUAAUGACACCCCCUCGGAACCGCACACUGCCUGACCUCUCAGAGGCAGGUCCUUUUCAGGGCCAGCAGCUGGGCUCUGGCCUGCGACCUGCUGAAGACACCAGGGGCCCCUUUGGACGGUCCUUCAGUACCAGCCGUCUAACAGAUUUGCUGCUUAAGGCUGCAUUUGGGACACAGGCCUCUGACUCGGGCAGCACUGAUAGCUUACAGGAGAAACCUAUGGAGAUUGCUCCCUCUGCUGGUUUUGGAGGGACCCUGCAUCCAGGAGCCCGUGCUGGAGGGGCCAGCAGCCCAGCACCUGUAGUGUUCACUGUGGGCUCCCCACCUAGUGGUACCACACCGCCGCAGGGUACCCGUACCAGAAUGUUCUCAGUGGGCUCUUCCAGCUCCCUGGGCUCUGCCGGCUCUUCUUCUGCACGACACUUAGUACCUGGGGCCUGUGGUGAGGCCCCUGAGCUUUCUGCCCCAGGCCACUGCUGUAGCCUUGUUGACCCCCUUGCUGCCAACUUGGAGGGAGCUGUGACCUUCGAGGCUCCUGACCUCCCAGAAGAGACCCUCAUGGAGCAAGAGCACACGGAGACCCUACACAGUCUGCGCUUCACACUUGCGUUUGCACAGCAAGUUCUGGAGAUUGCAGCCCUGAAGGGUAGUGCCAGCGAGGCGGCAGGGGGACCUGAGUACCAGCUUCAGGAAAGUGUGGUGGCCGACCAGAUCAGUCAGUUGAGCCGAGAAUGGGGCUUUGCAGAACAGCUGGUACUGUACUUGAAGGUGGCUGAGCUUCUAUCCUCAGGCCUACAGACUGCCAUUGACCAGAUCCGAGCUGGCAAGCUCUGCCUUUCAUCUACUGUGAAGCAGGUGGUGCGCAGAUUAAACGAGCUGUAUAAGGCCAGCGUGGUGUCCUGUCAGGGCCUCAGUUUGCGGCUUCAGCGCUUCUUUUUGGACAAACAACGGCUGCUGGAUGGGAUCCACGGUGUCACUGCUGAGCGGCUUAUCCUCAGCCAUGCCGUGCAGAUGGUGCAAUCUGCUGCUCUGGAUGAGAUGUUCCAGCACCGAGAGGGCUGUGUCCCACGCUAUCACAAAGCCCUGCUACUUCUAGAGGGCCUACAGCACACACUCACGGACCAGGCAGACAUUGAGAACAUUGCCAAGUGCAAACUGUGCAUUGAGCGGAGACUUUCGGCCCUGCUGAGUGGAAUCUGUGCCUGAAUGCCUGCUACCAGCCUGCUGUGCUCUUGGAGCCAGUCCCCUCUGCUAACCUGCAGGGUAGGGUCUGAGACCUGGCAGACUGUCUUUCUUGUCACUGAUGUGAUGGUGCUGAGACUGCUGCCCGCCAGCUCCAGCAAGGAUGCUUCAUGGUGGACCUGUGCAGACUGGUGCAACUCUUGCUUCCUAGGUUGCCAGUCUCUGGUAGGUGGAGGUCAAAAUGCCAGGGAAAGCUUCCUUGCCCACUGGGACAGAAGUUUCUGAGCAUAUCCUUCCCAGCUGGCUCCCUUGGCAGGCAUGUGUGGCACUGAGAGAUGGUAGGCUGGUGAGCGUGGGCACCUGCCACCUGCAGAGCCCUGGCAGCCCUGUGGACAGGCAAAGUCCUGAGACUGUUGCUGACUUCAAGCCAAAGCGAGCUUUUUCUCACAGCUCACUUGCCCCAUUGCUCGUCCAGGAAAAAAAGGGUGUGGCCUUUUGGCCUCCUGAUCUCUAGGAACCUCUCCCUCUGAGGCUACCCACCCAGCUUUGUAAGUCACCGGAGCACUUUAUGCAGACAGAGACUGGAGAACCUCAGCCAGCAGUUCAAACUGCUGGGAACCCACCUCCCCUCCCUGGCUCUUGCUCUCCAAGAUGCUGUACAGAUGCAGACCAUGUCUACGUGUAUAAAUAGCCCAGUGUGCACCUCCA